AUGCAAUUGGAGGAGCAUAUAAACAGAAAAAGUGGUCGAUUAUCAGGUGGAAACAAAAGGAAUUUAUGUGUUAGUAAUGCAUUGAUUGGAGGACCAUGUAUUCUAUUCUUUGAUGAUCCCAGUACAAGCGUUGAUCCAAUAGCAUGA